AUUCGUUCAUACAUAUAACUAACAAAAUGGUCUGCUCCGCUUCCGAAUGUGUCUGUGCUAAGAAAUCCACCUGCUCCUGUGGUGCUCAACCAGCUUUAAAGUGCACCUGUGAAAAGGCUGCUGUUGAAAAUGUUGUUCCAGAAUCCACUGCUGCUUGUGCCUGUGGUAUGAGAAACAAGGACAACUGCACCUGUGGUGUCAACGCUGUCUGCGAUGGUGCCAGAGAAGGAGAAACCGACUUCACCAACUUGUAAGCCAGACUACCAGAGUAUUAGUGGACUACUACUACACUACUGGGGCUGAAGAGUUCUACAAAAUUUGACAUUUUUCGUAUUUAUCAUCUCAAGAGCAUAAUGGACACCAGCGGGUGAAAGAGCCUGGUUUGGCUGACUGUUGCCUUCAAUUGUAUACUAGCGUCUAGCAUUUAAUAACAUAAUAAUAGCCUUAAAUAGGAAUGGACUUUGACUAGC